AUGAACGACUCCCAGCCCAAGGCGACCUCCUCACCAGACUCCUCCUCACCCAAGCAAGGCCUUCGGUCUCGCGCCGCCCUUGCCAAGCGCAAGCUCACCACUCGACACGGGUGGAUCGGAGAUUACGACUACGCCUGGCUGUGCCUCCCCUCCCUCCCGUUCUCCAAGCGCUCCCGGCGCCCCCCGCCCUUCUAUGCACUGGAUGCAGAACUCCCCCUUCUCUUGGCAAUCUUCACCGGCUUCCAACAUGCACUUGCCAUGCUCGCUGGUCUCAUUACCCCGCCCAUCAUCUUCGCAAGCGCCCUCAGCCUCGAUAGUGCGACGUCGGCGUAUAUGAUCUCGGCGUCUCUGAUCGGAGCUGGCAUUUUGAGUUUGGUGCAGCUCUCGCGCAUCCCGCUCUUCGGUGGAUACUACCUCGGAACAGGGCUCAUUUCAGUUGUCGGGACGAGUUUCUCUACUCUAUCCACCGCGAAUGCCAUCUUCGACGCCAUGUAUUCCGACGGCACUUGUUCGUCUACCACCGCUUCAGACGGGACCGUCACUCGGGACGCAUGCCCGGAUGCAUACGGAAAACUCCUGGGAACGUCUCUCAUCUGUGCCUUCCUCGAAAUCGGUCUAGCCUUCGUCCCCCCGCGUAUUCUCAAGCGCAUAUUCCCUCCCAUCGUAACGGGCACUGUCAUUCUGCUCAUCGGCGCCUCGCUUGUGGGCAGCUCAGGCGUCCCCAACUGGGGCGGCGGCUCGAACGGGUGCCAGAACUUCCCCACCAGCGGCAUCUUCGAGCUCUGCCCGACGACCCUCGCCCCGCGGCCGCUCCCCUGGGGCUCGCCGGAGUUCAUCGGCCUCGGUUUCCUGUCCUUCAUCAGCAUCAUCCUCACGGAACUCUUCGGCUCGCCUUUCUUGAAGAACAUCAGCAUCAUCGUCGGCCUCGCCGUCGGCUGCAUCGUCUCGGGCGCGGCGGGGUACAUCGACGGGUCGAGCAUUAAGACGUCCCCGGUGAUCACGUUCCUAUGGGUACACACAUUUAAGAUCUCGGUCUACCCGCCUGCUAUCCUACCCAUGCUCGCGGUCUACGUAUCCUUGGCAAUGGAAGCCACGGGUGACAUCACGGCCUCGGCUGAAGUUUCGCGUUUGCCAGUAGACGGCAUCGAGUUUGACUCGCGCGUCCAAGGAGGGAUUCUGAGCGACGGUGUUGGCGGGUUCCUCUCUGCACUCUUUACAGUCACGCCUCUCUCCAUCUUCGCUCAGAACAACGGGGUUAUUGCCAUCACCCGGUGUGCGAACCGCUCGGCAGGGCGCUGGUGCUGCGCCUUCCUCAUCCUCUUCGGCGUUCUCGGCAAGAUUUCCGGGUUCUUCCUCGCCAUCCCGAACCCAGUCCUUGGCGGUGUCACGACCUUCCUCUUUGCCACCGUCGCGGUGUCGGGCGUACGCGUGCUUUCCUACGCCGAGUUCACCCGCAGGGACCGGUUCGUGCUCGCCGCGGCGCUCUCCUUCGGCCUCGGGGACCUGCUCGUGCCCGGCAUCUUCACGCACCUCUUCGACGGCGUGGACAACCCGAGCAGCGGCCUGCAGGGCCUCUUCAACUCGAUCACGAUCAUCCUGAGCACCCCCUUCCUGGCCGCGGGCAUCGUCGCGUCGCUGCUCAACGUCAUCCUCCCGCGGGAGGACGAGGCCGCCGCCGUCGAGGACGGGUACGAUUCCGAGGCCCGAGAGUCCAGCGAACUCGAGGCGCAGAGGAAUGGUAGGGGCUCGAGCGAGGGCAAGAUGGAGGAGGCAUAG